UUUAAUUCUGGAUAUUUGUCAGAGCUAAGAAUGAAGUCAAGAUGACAGAAAAGGUUGAAACAAUUGGUUCGAAGCACGGCGAUGGGAGUUAUGUCAGGAGACGACUCAGAACAAUCAGUUCUUGUAGCUCCUGUACAUCGGAAGAUGACGAGGAGGAUGGCGAAAGACCACAUAUUUCCCUGUACCAGUACUUCAUGUCUGAGUUGACCCGAGGUUACUUUCUUGAGAAUGACAAAGCCAAAUAUGCAGAGAAGAGGAAAAGGGUGUACACAUUUAUGCAGAUCCCACGGGAGAUGGAAUCGUUCAUCAUGUUUGGAUUGUUCCAGUGCACCGAUGCUUUCCUCUUCAUCUUUACAUUCCUGCCUCUCAGAUUCAUCCUGGCAUUACUUCAGGUGUUCACCCAUCCGUGCGGAUUCAUAAAGGCUGGUUCAAGGCGUAUCCUCGACCAUGCCCAGAUAUGUGAUGUACUUAAGAGUAUUGUGAUGAUUAUGUGCUGUUUGAUGAUGCAUUAUGUUGACACUUCCAUGUUGUACCAUAUCAUCAGGGGACAAGCUAUCAUCAAACUCUACAUUUUCUUCAACAUGCUGGAGAUAGCAGACAAAUUGUUCGCAUCAUUUGGACAGGACAUCCUUGACUCCCUCUUUUGGACAGCAGCUGAACCACGAGAUAGAAAACGUGAACAUAUUGGUGUGAUUCCACACUUGAUUCUAGCCAUCUUCUAUGUCUUUCUUCACGCCAUCCUGGUCCUGUUCCAAGCCAUAUGUCUCAAUGUUGCCUUCAACUCUCAUAAUAAAGCCUUGCUUACAAUCAUGAUGUCAAAUAAUUUUGUUGAGAUCAAGGGAAGUGUGUUCAAGAAGUUUGCAAAGAACAAUCUGUUCCAGAUGUCUUGUAGCGACGUGAGAGAACGCUUUCAUUAUCUCAUUCUGCUAUUCAUAGUACUGAUAAGGAACAUGACAGAAUUCUCCUGGAACAUUGACCAUCUAUGGCAGUUAGUUCCUGAUAUCGUAAUGGUGCUUAUAUCAGAAGUGUUGGUCGAUUGGCUGAAGCAUGCCUUCAUCGUCAAGUUCAACGACAUUUCUUCAGAUGUUUAUAAAGAGUAUACAAUCAGCCUGGCAUAUGAUACAGCUAUUAGUAGACAGAAAGAUGCAUUUUCUGACCAUUCAGAUCUUGUGUCACGAAGAAUGGGCUUCACACCGUUGCCCCUUGGUUGCCUCUUGUUCAAGAUCGUGUGUCAGUCCCUAAAAGUUCAUGGUUACCUGGGCAUAUUCUUAUGUUUCCUGGGCUAUUUAUGCCUGGUAUUUCUCAAAAUACUUAACAGUAUCCUCCUGCUUGGGUUGGCAAGCGACCACAUCAAUGAAUACAGAAAAUCAAGAGAAGAGAUGAGUGAGAAGGAAAAAGAGCAAGAAAAAUCACGUACUUCAUCGGACCUGAUCCAAAUUAGGAGAUUCAGUAUCGCUACAGACACUUUCCCCACACGGAAGAAAAAACGUACUCAUAAACGCAGCAGUUCAGAUGUGAAAAUCCCGACAACAACAAAGGAAGAUGCCCCUCCGAUCCCAUUGAGUCCUAGUUUAAGUCCUAAUUUAUGUAUACGCCAAGACUCCAUCCUUUCUAAACCGAUCCUGUUUUCUGAUAGUUCUGUUAAUAUCAGCGGGAUGGGCAUAAACAAUGAGUUCACAGAGUUCAAACAGGAAAUGGACAAAAAGGAGGAGAAACGUGAAGAGGAUAAGAAAGAGAAGAAGGCGGAAAAUGCCGAGACUCGUAGUCAUGGUGACGUUAAUAGUAGCUUUACUGAGGAUAAACCUCCUCUUUCUGACAUUGACAGAUACUCUAUGUGUAGUAAUAGGAUUGUGUAGAGUGUCAGCAGGGAGGUUUUAGAAGCCAUAUCUUGACUAGCAUGUAGAUAUGUCUAUCUGUAUAUUCUGUUGUUAUAGCCCGUAAAUGACACAUAUUUGUUGUUAUGAUUGGGGAGGAGAAGACAGUGUUGGCAGAGGGAAACGUCAUAUAGAGUUUGUUGCCUACAAAAAGAUUUGUAUUGCUUGACAUCAAACUCAUCCUUGUAAUGAAUUGUAGCAGUUAUUCUGUGGUGACGGAUGUACUUAGUUUGUGUCAUAUUCAUAUAUUUCUGUUAUCAUGGUAAGUGCUUUUGUUAUGCAAGUAAUAAAAUGUGAUAUAGAUA